CCAUGGUCCGCGCAAAGAGAGGUAAAUAUCGCGCCCUCUCCCCGCUCCCCCGCUUGUUCUACCUUCACUACGCUCGCUAUCACAGUGCCACCGACAUUCACUAAUGGAGCGGCUCCCGCGCCCUUUCACAGUCCUCUCUUUCAUGUCAGAAUGGGGCGGCAACGCAACUCACCGCCGGACACCCUCGUCCACCGGCACUUCACCAGUGCCCCCCUCACCCACUGCGAAGCAGCCGCCUGCUACCACGAACCCCUCCGCGUCCUCCACUUCCGUCCUCGAGAACUACGAUCGUUCGUCGCCCGGCCCCGCUGCGCAGCCCAGAAGCGACUCGAGACCGUCGUCGCGGCCUAUGUCAAUGAUACAGACGUACCAGCCGCCUGUCAUGGAGGUGGGCCAGGACACGCUGCCCGAGCUCCAGCGCAUAUUCCAGUUCCUUAACAGCCACUCGAAUAAGCUCUACCAGGAGGGCUACUUCCUUAAGUUCCAUGACACCGAUUCGCGGGGCCGGCCCGCGCCCGAUCGGGUGUGGCAGGAAUGCUUCGCUCAACUCGUCGGCACAAUCCUCUCCCUGUGGGACGCGAGCGCGCUGGACCAAGUCGGCGGCGAUGCUGAAGUGCUCCCCACUUUCAUCAACCUCACAGAUGCAGCAAUCCAUAUGAUGCCUUCGAUGACCCUGAGCGACGGCAAGAAGCUCGACAACAUCCUCAGCGUGUCGACUGCGGCCCAUAACAAGUAUCUGUUCCACUUCAAUUCCUUCAACUCCCUGACCCAAUGGACUGCCGGGAUUCGGCUGGCCAUGUUCGAGCACACAACCCUCCAGGAGGCGUACACGGGCGCAUUGAUCGCCGGCAAGGGCAAGCAGCUGAACAAUAUCCGCAUCAUCCUCGACCGCCAGCGCGCCAAGCACGAGGACUGGGCACGCGUACGAUUUGGAGCAGGGACCCCCUGGCGACGGUGCUGGUGUGUUGUCACGCCGCCCGACGAGAAGGAAUACGCCCGCCUGCAGAAGACGCAGAAGAAGGCGAAUAUCUACAAUCGGUCCCCAGUCGUCCUCAAGGGAGACAUGAAGUUCUACGAGACGAAGAAGGUGACCAAGAAGACACUGCCCAUCGCAACUGUCAAGGAGGCCUACUCCUGUUACGCCAUCUACCCGCAGUCGAAACCACUUAUUGACCAGUCAACCCUGGUUAAGAUCGAGGGUAACAUCACAAUUCACUCAAACCCGGAGUCAACAACCGAAGGCUUUGUCUUUGUCAUGCCUGAAACGCACCCCGCAGUGUCUGGUUUCGAAAUCAUGCUUCGAUUUUUAUUCCCGGUCUUUGAUACAUUUGCCCUGUAUGGACGCCCAACAAAAUUAAUUUCAGAUGUUCUCGACUCGCGCGGCCUAAUGUUCGCUAUGCCCCCGGAUCGACGCUAUGGCUACCUUGAGAUGUGGGAUGUAGUGAGCUUGAUUCACGCCGACGGGAGUCACGGCUGGUCCGAGAGGCAAUGGAGAAAAGAGUUGAAGGAUCUCACUUCGAAACGCAUGACAUCUACCCCCUCACAAAACCAAAGCAGAGCCGGGAGCAGAACCGGUAGCCGAAGAAACACCGUUAGCCGCACUAGUUUGCCCCCUUCGCGCAGCGGGACCCUAAGGUUUGAGGAACCUGGCUCCAUACGGUCACAGCCGUCAACUCGUCAGGCAUCGCCGACUCGACCAAGCGAAUUCGAGACUCAAGGACCUCGACGCGUCGAUUCGGCACCCCCUUCCGCAACAUUUGCUACGCCUCGUCACCAACGCUCAGUGUCCGAGACAAAUGGGUACAAACAGUACCAAGCAGACACUCCAUCUCGUUUAGCAUACGGCGUGAAUGCCAAUAAUGAAACCCCUCCUCCACCACCUGAGCACCGCGUUCUGAAUGGAACGCCCCACCAGCACGAUGGCUAUGACACCGCUUCAGACGGUACACCGAGCCCUGAUGCGCGAAAUCUUCCAUACAUCCAGACAGUCCCUCUUUCGCCGCCGCAUGGUCCUGUAGCCUUGCCCCCUGGCUUUGCACAUGCGCCAAGCCAGAGACCACCUGUACACCCACAUCAUCCUCCAGAGAAACCGCGUCCUCAUAUGGACGAGGCCACACUUCAUCAGCUAGCAGAUGCGACUCAUGCGCCUUUGCCUGCUGGUGUUGCGGUUGCUGGGGCUGCUGCGGCCUGGAGGAGUCAGGAGAAUUUGAGUAGUAGGCGCAGCGGAGAACACGAUAGACACCAGAUGCAGAUGCAGAUGAACGCUAAUGCCCACGGCUACCCAGCAGAUCAAUAUCUCCAAGGUACUGCAAACUCACGUUCUGGCAACAGGCUACCAACAAUCCCUGCCUCGCCAUAUAUCGAGCAGCCUGAAUUUGUUGAGUCACCAAUUGCGUUCCAGCCAACAGCGCCUCCUGUUCCGGAACAUGCAGAGAUGCCACAGCCUCGACCUAGUCUUGAGCUUGCCCAACGUCCUGGUAGUCAAAGCAGCCAGAUUCAUCGUAAACCAGUACCAGGUCGGUCUUCAAUAUCCUCUCGAGAAGCACAUGAUAAUCUCUCGACAAAAAGCUCAAGUCUUGGUAGUUUACGAAACGACAUAGUCGAUCCCGAGGCCCUCGAUAGCCUAAACAACACAGAUCCAACCCUGCUGCGACAGCAAAGCCAGUCCAGUAGCCGCUAUGAUGACGACAAUGUAUCUUCCUCAACCCCGGAUUACGCAAGCACAAUUAGUGAAGAAAUACAGCCCCGGAAGUUGCCUGAGCGACGCGAAGAACGACCGCGAAGUGGGGUGUUGAAGUUUGUUGGAAACCCUGACAUAGGGCCUAAGGCCGAUGUUGUUGUUGGCGAUGCCCAUUACAACUCCGAGGUGAAGCAGCCGGCGGAACCCUCGUCAGAUAUUCCUACAAUUGACUUCGGCCCCACAUAUUCACUAAACCCGGAUUCAAAACGUCCUGGAACUAGUGGAACCAUGACCCAAGCCCUCCAUGAUCACCCUACUUCGCAAUCCAAGGAAAAUCUUGCACCUUCCCCGAACGAACAGAAGCGCGUAUCCUACCUGUCUGGUCGAACCACCCCAAUUGCCGCUGCCCACAUGCGAACUUCCUCUAACUCUCCUCAAGCCGAAGACCGUCGAAGUAUUGCUUGGUCUCCCGGUAUGACAGCGCAACCUCAAACGCAACCUGAUCGACAGAAGCUAGAUCCUGAAGAGUGGGUACAACAACGCGCUGUCAAUGCCUACCAACCCCGGGCUUCACCAGUGUACACUCAUGGAAGGAAUCAGUCCCACACUCCGCCUCCCAUAAAUCGUACACAAUCUGGUGAAUGGACUCACCUGCAGAAAACUCCAGAAGCGAUACCUGCCCGUCCUCCAAGUCGCCCGUUGAGUCGGCCUCUUUCUCGAGGCACCGGACUUCUGCUUGAUCAGCGACCGACAUCGUUAUCUGCGCGGGAGCAGGAACAAGUGGCUCGGAUGACUGGAACGCCUCUCAUUGACUUGAGCAAGAAUCCCAAGGAAAACCAGAAGACUUCAUCCGCGGGAUUGACAGCCUAUAUCGACCAUCGAGAGCAGGAGAAAGCGGCAGCCAAGGCGAAUCGUCAUACCGCAGCCAUGCAAGCCGAAAUCGACCGACGGAUGAUGGCAGCACAGCAGCGACAGAUGAUGGAGAUGCAGCAAAUGGGCCAGCAAAUGGUAUUGGGACAAGGUGGAUAUGGGGCACCCGCCAUGAUGGGAACGCCGCAAGCAUACCCCCAAGCAUUUGCUUAUUCAUCACCGGCCCAGAUGCAGCAGCAACAGCAAGCGUAUCAAAAACCAGGCUACUUCCCACCGCAGAGCAUGUCCCCGAUGCCACCGCAGGGCAUCCAACAGGGAUGGGGGACUCCAAGUUCGCAGCCGAUGCAGGGUCAGUACUUUGCGCCACAACAGCAGCAGAUGCAGCCCCAGAUGCAACACGCGCCCCAACAGCAACAACCGGUUAUGCUGGAUUAUGGUGCGAGCUUUGAUCAGGCCCAGGCGGCGGCACGGAUUGCGCAUCAGCAGGGAAAGAUGAGACGUGGUUGAUGAAGAUGAUGGGAAGAUGAGGGAUGGGGCAGUAAGACUAGGUUAUCGAGGAGAAGGGAUCGGUCGUGGAUGAAGAGGGAGUGAGAUUU